AUGCAGUCUCUCUUGAAACGACUUUCCCACCACCACCUUCGACUCUUGAUCCCUCAUCUUCAUCAUACACGUAACAUUUCUCAUCGUAUUCAAACGUUACCUGCCAAUGUCUUUGCUGAAUUUUCAGCCCUUGCCAUGAAACAUGAUGCUGUAAACUUAGGUCAAGGUUUUCCAUCGUUCGAGACCCCUCCGUUUGUCAAACAAGCAGCCAUUCAUGCGAUUCAAAACAAUCAGAAUCAAUACACAAGACCUGGUGGAUACGUCCCGUAUGUUGAGACCCUUGCAACAAUGUAUUCUCAUCUUUUGAAGCGAGAGUUGAAUCCCAUGACUGAAAUUGUCACGUUCAAUGGAGCUCAAGAAGGACUUGUGUCCAUCAUGGCAGCAAUCUUGGAACCAGGAGAUCAAGUCAUGACUCUGGAGCCGUAUUUCGAUGCAUACAUGACAGUCUCUCAAUUCCAUGGAGUUGAAGCUAUUGGUGUCCCCUUUUCCUAUGAACCGAUGAAGAGCUCCAUGUCGUUGUCAUCGCGUGAGUUUCAAUUGGAUUUGAAGACAUUGGAGACCCUCGUGACGUCAAAGACAAAGCUGUUGGUGCUUAAUACACCUCAUAAUCCUACGGGGAAAGUCUUGUCUCGACAUGAAUUGCACCAACUGGGACAAGUAUUGGAACGUCAUCCACAUGUCAUUGUCCUAGCAGAUGAAGUCUAUGAAUUCAUGACGUACGAUGGACUGUCACAUGAGCGGAUUGCAACACUACCGGGCUUUUUUGAUCGUACGAUCUCGCUCUUUAGUGCCGGGAAAACGUUUUCAUGCACGGGUUGGCGUGUAGGUUAUGCUGUAGGUCCAGCACAUUUGAUUGAGGGUGUCAUCAAGGCACACAGCACGGUUCCAUUUUGUGGUACGACGCCGUUCGAGGUUGCGCUGACAUCAAUUUUUCACGAGGCGAAACGUAACGGGUACUACGAUGACCUGAGAGAAUCAAUGGAGGCCAAGCGUAAUCGUCUGUGCGAUGCGCUUCAGGCCUACAAUUGGCGUCCCAUCGUUCCAGAGGGUGGCUACUUUGUGUGCUGUAACGUCGAGGACCUGCCCUUUUACGAUGAGUUUCGUGGCAUUGAAAUCACGCCGGACACCCCGAGGACGGAGUUCGCGGAUUAUCAGUUCGCGUACAAGCUGGUCAAAGCUGGUCAUCUUGCAGUGAUCCCAACGUCACCUUUCUUCAGUCGUCCAGAGAACCGUCUUGCUCCAGGUGUCGUGCGUCUUGCUUUCUGCAAAGAUGACAAGACGCUGGACGAUGCUAUUCGCGUCAUCGAGUCCCUCAAGAACUAG